ACAACAUCCACAAUCAACAGCAAGUCUUAAUCAACACUCUACUACACACUUUCUACAACUCCUCGAAGUUUUAAAAAACCAGUCACAAUGGGUUUCACUCACUACUCCGGCCCCGCCUCCAGCUUCCCCGGCAAGGACCAGUGGAAGUCGUUCGAGGAGAUCUUCAACGCCAACAAGUCCGCCAUGGCAGCUACUGGCGACACUGGCGAGGACAUUGGCCGUAUCUGGAACGCCGUCAACGAAUGCGCCAAGAUCGGUGUUGAAGAGCGCGUCAUCUUUGCCAUCAUCAUGCAAGAAAGCACCGGCAACGUUGGUGUCCGCACCACCGUGAACAUGGACGGCCACUCCACUGCCGGCCUCAUGCAAUGCGACGGCAGCCCUGGUUUCCCUGGCCAGCACGGUCUCAGCCAAGACCAAAUCACCUCCAUGGUUCGCGCCGGCACCAACCACUUCAAGCAGAACCUCAAGGACUUCGGCAACGCCGACACCGCCGAGUGCAUCUACAAGGCUCUACGCGAAUACAACUCGGGCUCCGUCAACCCCAACGACCUCAGCGACGGCCGCGGCGCUACUCCCGACUACGUCUCCGACGUCGCCAACCGCCUCCUCGGCCGCACCAACUAAGCUGCUGUUCUGUCAAUGCUAAAAGGGGGUGAAAGGGGUAACGCGUAGUAUAUAGGGCGGUUUUGAAUAUAUAUCGGAGGGAGAGCAAUAGUUUCAAUCAUAUACACUUAGAACACGUUCAUUUUUUUUGUAUAUAGCUGUCUAGUCCAAUACAGUCUCUUCUAUCGCUUAAAAUGUUUUCGGCUAGGUAGUAGCUCAGGUUUAUCCCUAAACCAUUGAUUUCCAAUAUACAUUAACUACCUACCUAUAUUAUAUAGGUUCCUAGUAUUUAAAGAAGAAUAUUGGUACUGUUAGGGUAUAAGUGGGUUAGGGGUAGAUUCAGGGGUAGAUCUACUAGGAUUGGGUAUAUAAGAGGCGCGCAGCGCCCUCGAGGAUAGAAGGGCAUGCGUUAAUAGUUAAAUUCAAC